UCCCAGCUGGAGCGGGUAGCGGCGGCUCUUGGGUUUGAAGCCAGGCGAGCUGGAAGUUGCUCUGCUUCUUCUCUUCCACUGGGCCCCGGCGGAAACCCAAGCGCUAGAAGAGAGGUUCCGGGGCCGGCCUGGGCUGGAGCCGGCACGAUGGAGAGCGGGAGCGGGGACGCGGCACUGACCCGCCGCCCGAUGCUGGCCUCUUCCUGGGAUGCCGCAUGCGGGGCCCUGGCCCAGAGCCUCCAUCUCGCCCGGGCUGGUCCCGGCGCCCGGGACUUCGACUGGGAGGAGCUGCUGGCGCCGCCUGCCCCGAGGCCGGACCUGGUGGUUUUGAGGAGCAGCCCGAGCGGCCGGGAUGGAAACCCCUGCUUCCUUUACCUGCGAUGUGACCCCGAGGGCGGGGAAGAAAUCGCUUCUGUGGGCGUUUUAAGUUCCGCCCGAAACAUGGAAGUGUACUUGGGAGAGGAGUACUGUGGAACCGGCAGGGGCCAGAGUGUUCGCGGUGCUCUGGGCGGCAGGUGGGCGCCUUCCGCGUGUGGGCUGAUCGUCCGCAGUCGUGUGUCUGUCGUCCUCAGCUUGUGCGGCGUUUAUUGAUUCUCAUAUUGGCGCCAGACAUCAGGGCAGAG